GUAAUGUUCGUAGAAGUAACACAGGAUUGAGUUAACAAUAGUGAUAUGCAGCAAGUGCCUUUUAGGUUUAUUACGUUGAAACGAUAACCUUGACUCUGAUUUGCACGACAAAAGCCUGGCUUAUUCUCCUCUGUGUGCGGGCUGUCUGUGGCCACCAUGCCUUAUUUGGGCAGUGAGGACACGGUGAGGGAGCUGAGGAGAGCUCUUUCCAACCCCAACGUUCAGUCUGACCAGCUGCGAUACAGGAACACCAUCCUCAAAGUCAUCAGGGCAAUGUCGCAGGGUGUGGAUGUAUCCGGCCUGUUCAGCGAAAUGGUCAAAGCAUGUGCCACAGUAGACAUAGUCCAGAAGAAACUGGUCUAUGUCUUCCUGUGUUCCUAUGCCACUUUAAACCCAGAGCUGUCUCUGCUGGUCAUCAACACACUGAGGAAAGAUUGUCAGGAUCCCAACCCCAUGGUCCGCAGCCUGGCCCUGAGGAAUAUGACCAAUCUCAGGUUACCCAGUCUGGUGGAGUACGUGGAGCAGCCACUGACAGCAGGACUGAGGGACAGAGCAGCUUGUGUGCGGCGGGUGGCUGUACUUGGCUGGGCCAAGCUACACAAUCUUCAAACCAACUCUGAGAUAGAUGCUGCGGUGGUGAACGAGCUGUACAGUCUGCUGAGGGACCCAGACCCGGUGGUGAUGGUGAAUUGCCUCCGAGCCCUGGAGGAGAUCCUGAAGGAGGAGGGGGGAGUCGCUAUCAACAAACCUAUCACACAUCACCUCCUGAACAGGCUGAAGGAGUGUGACAUUUGGGGUCAGUGCGAGGUGCUGAGAGUCCUCCAGCGCUACCGGCCUCAGUCAGACGACGAGCUCUUCGACAUCCUGUCCCUGCUGGACGCAUCCCUCGUCAGCCCCUACCCUCCAGUCAUGGCUGCCACCCUGAGCCUCUUCCUGAGCCUCUGCUCAGCCCUACCGGCUGUCAGUCAGGCGGCCCUGGAGCGAGUACGAGGACCCCUGCUGACCACCUGUGGGAGCGUUUCCAGAGAGAUGAGGUUCACUGCCAUCUGCCACAUACAGCUGCUGUUGCGUUCUCUCCCUGGCCUGAUGGGGGCACACUACAAACGUUUCUUUUGUGGCUAUGCUGAGCCUGCCUACAUCAAGCAAAGGAAGAUGCAGGUGCUGGUGGAGCUGGUGAAUGACGAGAAUAUAGUGAUGUUACUGGAUGAGCUGAGAGGAUACUGCACUGAUGUCAACACUGACACUGCCCAGGCUGCUAUUUCAGCCAUAGGUCGUAUUGGACGGAGCUACAGCGACAGAUGUCUGGAGAUCCUUAUUGAGCUGCUCGGGCUCAAACAAGAGCACAUCACCUCUGCUGUGGUGCAGACAAUGCGCGACCUGGUCUGGGUUUGUCCACAGUGUAGCGACACAGUGUGUUUGGCUGUCGAGGGCUGUGAGGAGACGCUGCAGGAUAGCCAGGGCAGGCAGGCCUUGCUGUGGUUGCUCGGUGUGUACGGUGAGCGAAUCUCCAGCGCCCCCUACACAUUGGAGGUGUUCAUCGACGGAGUGAGGAGUGAGGCCUCCUUGGGAGUCAAGAUGGAAUUGCUGGUGGCCACCAUGAGGAUGUUUUUGUGUCGGCCUGCUGAGACACAAGACAUGCUUGGAAGACUGCUGCACUACUGCAUAGAGGAGGAGACAGACAUGUGUGUACGUGACCAGGCACUCCUCUAUUACCGUCUGUUGCAUUGUGGGAUAGAAGAAACAAGAAAGGUCCUCCAGGGUCGGAGGUCAGACCCUUCCCUUGGCGUUCUGAUUGGCCGCCCUGCAGAGCCCAUCAGCCAGUGGGCCUGCAACUUUAACACCCUGGAGCCUCUCAGGCAGGGUGCCGUAGAGACAGACUUAGCCAGCAGAGGAAGCCCUGAACAUGUGACCUUUGACCUCAAGCCCAACACUAACCUCUCAGACACACUGAACUGUAGCCAUGGUGAGGAGGUUCAUGCAGGCUCAGACAGUGCCAUUGAGCGUGUGGAUUCCUCCGCUGAUGUCCUGUCUUCCAGCCUUGCCGUCCCACUCAGUUUGUCCCUCUCCCCGAUUCUCAGCCCAGAGGAGUUUGAGGGACUGUGGCUGCAGCAGCAGGUUUUGCAUGCUGAGCAAGGUCCUGAGAAGAUAAAGGGGGAGGAUUGUGUGUGCAUGGAAGAACGUGUCCGAUGUCCUGAGUUACUCCUCUGUUCCCCGCAAAGUCUUCAGGCAGCGAUGCAGCUGGUUAAUAUCCAGACACUGGCCUUUACACCACCACACACGCUCCCCUGGAGGGUCUACCUGUACACACACACCCAGCAAGCACGCUCUGCUGACACCCCUCACAGCACGCUCAUCCUGGGGGAGCUGCUGUACACUGGAGAGGGAAAUCAGAAAGCUGGAAAGGGUGAUAGAGAUGUGUUGGUGGAGGACAGGGAAGAUGAGCAAAUGAAAGAGGGAGAGGAAGCCACAGCUAAUGGGUUGAGCAGGAGAGAGAUUACGAGAACAGACAGAGGACAAGACGCAGUUAAAGUGACUCUUAAACAGCAACCGAGAGAUGAAAAAGCUCUGAAGGGGUUUCUCUCCAUCCUUACCACUCUACUACACACUCUGUCCUCGGAGAGAGCUUAAAUGAACAUCACACACACACACAUCAUCGCUGUUGCUGUACAUCCUUCCAAACAUGCUAACAUAACACCCUCAUUUUCUAAGCAUAACUGAAGAAGAGGAACUGUCUGCACCUGCUCAGUAAACAAGACUGUAAAUAUGUGA